UCCAGCAGUAGCGGGGGGCGGGGAGGAGACGCGGAAGUGCGGGGCCUGCGAGCGACAGACGCCAUGGCAGACCACUGCAGGCGACUGGACAUGGACAGAGAGUUCCUGUCGAGGGAGGAUGCUCUCAGUGAGAGACUGAUGGACAGAAUCGUUCUUCACCUCUUCAGAAUCUACCCGCAAAUUCUGAACAAUUCUGAAGCUGAAGCGUUCCGCAGUCUCAAUGCUCCUGUACACAUUCGCAUCUCUGACCUCCUUCAGCACCUGCAGAGUCAGAGUAAUAAAGCUUGCAAGGAAUUUUAUAAUGCUUUGGAGUUAAAUGAUCCUCAGAUUUAUAAACAGCUUCCAAGCAAACAUCCAGGUGAAACAACAAGGUCAGUAGCAACCAACAUGGAUAUCUACCACAGGGAGAGAUACAUACUCAAUAACAGGGGUCCGGUCUUUUUUCUGGCGUGCUUUAGUGUUGCAGCGGGAUUAUCUAUCGUGCUUUAUUAUUGUAAGGAAGAAACUAAAUUUGAAAGUGUUGCAAAGAAAAUAGUGGGAUUCUCUUCUCUGGGAUUUGGCCGAAGAGCCAGAAGAUUCUUCCUUGCGUACCUGGAAGCCCGGUCGUAAAGGAACGUGUGGGGAUGUAGAAGCUGCCGCCACUCUGCAGGGAAGUUCUUCCAUUGAUACCAAAGACAUAACGUUUCAUUUACACAAAGUAUAUGCACUUGUCAUGUUUAUACUGGGGCCCAAAGAUCAUAGAGUGGAGCUUUGGGGCCAGUACUCCAGAAACCCUCUGAAGGCAACGAGAUACAAUAAGCAAUGUUAAUGCAUUUGGCCCGCACACGUUGAACGGACACAAAGUUAUAAUUUUAAUGAAAAUACUGUAAGCUUUAAGCAGCUACUUUGGAUAUUUUACUUAAGCCUGAGGUAAAUCACCAAGUGUUCAGGGAUUGUUACUUUCUGAUAUUUCCCUAGAUGACGUUGUUGCUGAUGGUGUGGUUACAUGGAUGCUACAUUGACACGCGUGUGUGGAGGCAGACAUCAUACAUGAGAGCACCAGAGCUCAGACAGUGAGCUCGCACCAUCUCAUAUUACUGACUUUCCUGUGAAAGAGAAGGCAGGUCUUGGCCCAGGAAGUAUUCCUGAGUUCCCAGAGUUACAUUGUAGUUGAGGAACAAACCGAGGCACAUUGUAAACAUUGUGGAGGUGGGAGAGUGAACAACACAAUGCUACACCAGGGGAAACAAUUCCUCACAUUCACCCAGUAGCACCCAACACCUGCACAUGCUCCCUGCAGCCCACCUCCCCAACCCUCACUCCCCCCCCUCC